AUGUCAAUUCAGGUGGAGGGUUUCGACGAGCCUCUGCAGUUGACGAAGCAAGAGACGAAGAUCCAGGACUUGCUGGUGAGGGCGUGCCGGGACAUUGAUAUUUCGCAGAAGGAUAGGGAGUCGAAUCUUGUCUUGCGGUUUACCGGCGGCUGGGUCCGAGAUAAGAUCCUCGGACUCAAAAACCAAGAUAUCGACGUCGCAAUCAACCGGUUGACAGGCUACGAAUUUGCCGAAAUGCUGCAGCAUUUUGUGAUAAAAAGGCGACAGUAUAAGGCUGCGAUGUCUGGGAUUAUCAAAAUCAAAAUGAAUCCGGAUAAGUCCAAGCAUCUCGAAACCACGACUACGAAGCUUUUCGGCCAAGAAAUCGAUCUCGUGAAUCUGAGAAGCGAGGAGUAUACUAAAGCUAGCCGGAUUCCGGUCAUGCGAUUCGGAACCGCGGAGGAGGACGCCUUCCGCCGCGACGCAACUAUCAACGCGCUGUUUUUCAAUCUUAUGAGCCAGAAAGUCGAAGAUCUGACCGGCAAGGGCCUCGAGGAUCUGCGCAACAAGAUCAUAAGGACUCCGCUUGAGCCGCACAAGACGUUUAUGGAUGAUCCGCUGCGCGUCGUGCGACUGGUCCGGUUCGCGACUAAACUUGAUUUUACAAUCGAGCCAGAGACCGAAGCGGCGAUGCGAUCGCCGGAGAUCCACACGGCGCUGCGAGAUAAGAUUAGUCGUGAGCGGAUCGGACUUGAGCUCAUGAAGAUGCUCCAAGGUCCUCAUCCGGAGCGCGGAAUCUUGAUGCUUGAAUCUCUGGGAGUCUCAAAUGCCAUUUUUGAGCCGAUGAUUGGCGUGGCAUCCAAAACCCUGCCGACGGAGAUCAAGCCGUUUAUUGAAGUGAUGAACGACCUGCUGAGCCGGGAUGCGGUGCCGGUUCUGGGACCGCGGUUUAAUCUUAAACAUCUCCCGAUGAUAUCGCUCUAUUUCUACGCCGCUGUGCGUCAGUGGGGAGCCACGCUGUCGGGGCUGAAGGAGACUAAGACGGUGGUGUUUUAUAUCAUUCGCGAUUCGGUGAAACUGCCUGCGUUGUUUGCUAAUGAAGUUGCCUCGAUUGCUAUCCACGCCGAUAGGAGUUUUGAUUGUAUGAUGAGACUAAUAUGUGUAAUUUUAGGAUUCCUUGUUCGCGAUUGUGGUGAGAACUGGAGAAUCGAUUUCUUUGGCUCGCUGGUACAUGAGAUUGUCAAGCUUCGCAGCGCAGCACCCGAGGAUCCGGAAGAAGCCGAGAGGCUCGAACAAGCUUUAAUCCAGCAGUACUUGGACCUCGCGUGGUUUAUCGAGUCCGAAAACUUGGCGGAGUCGUGGCGUAUGCCUAUGCUUUUUGACGGCAACCGGGUUAUGACUCUGCUGGAGACGCAAUCGGGACCGUUUAUGAAGGGCGUGUUGAAUGAGAUGAUGGGGUGGCAGUUUGAGAAUCCGAAGGGGACGGUCGCGCAGUGCGAGAAGUAUUUGUUGUCGAUUAAAGACAAAUUUCUUCCGAAGCCGCUAGACUAUGAUGAGCUUGACGAGCCUGCUGAGGUUGAUAAGCCUGCUGAGCCUGCUGAGAUUGAUAUGCUUGAUGAGCCUGCUGAGCUUGAUGAGCCUGCUGAGCUUGAUGAGUCUAAUAAGCUUGAUGAGCCUGAGAAGCCUAAUGAGCCUGAUAAUUCUCGCUGA